AUGUCCCCUCAAAUUAACGAAAACUUCGCCGCCGUAGACGCCCAGUCUAACGGCCUCAACACCUCGAACGGUGCCAACGGCGUCAAUGGCACUAACGGCACCAAUGGUGUCAAUGGUACCAAUGGCCACUCCGAAUUAAAUGACACUGCCAAUGGCAACGGCCACGCCGCUCAAGAAGAAUCCCUUGCCGUCCAGCCUCCGGCCCCCCCUCAGCAGGAAGAAACUCGUAUCCAAGCUCCUGAGGCUCCGGCCCAAGCUCCGGCCCAAGCUCCCGUAGAGCAGCAGCCUGCUUCUGAGACGCCUGCUGCGCGAACAGUCAAGAAGUCGCAAUUCCUCCUCCCCACCGACUCUACCGAUGUCCAUGAUCUCCUUUGCGUUGGCUUCGGCCCCGCUAGCUUGUCCAUUGCUAUCGCCAUGCAUGACAAGCUGGCCGCUGGCGGUCAGAUUGGCUCUGAGGGCCGCGCCCCUCGUGUUCUCUUCCUUGAGAAGCAGCCCACGUUCACCUGGCAUGCUGGCAUGCUCCUCCCCGGCGCAAAGAUGCAGAUUUCCUUCCUCAAGGAUCUUGCCUCACUGAGGGAUCCCAAGUCUCAAUUCACUUUCCUUAACUACCUUUCCGAACAUGACAGGUUAAUUGACUUCAUCAACCUCAACACCUUCCUUCCCGCUCGUGUUGAGUUCGAGGACUACCUUCGCUGGUGUGCCGCUCAUUUCGAUGACCUUGUCCAGUACAACCACGAAGUUCUCUCUGUGACACCUGAUCCCGCUUCCCCCGAUUCCACCGCGUCCGGUGUCAAGACUUUCACCGUCAGCUGCCGCAACGUCAAGACUGGUACCGUUUCUACCUACCGAGCCAAGAACGUUGUAGUCGCCAUUGGUGGACAGCCCCAGAUCCCUGAAGUUCUCUCUCUCAACCACCCCAGGGUUAUCCACUCCUCUCAAUACGCCAAAGUCGUUCCCAAUGUCCUUACCGACUCGCACAAGCCAUACAGCGUCGCUGUUAUCGGUGCCGGGCAGAGCGCCGCCGAGAUCUUUACCAACAUUCAGAACCUCUACCCUAACUCCCGCACCCACUUGAUCAUGCGGUCCGACUACCUGAGACCUAGCGACGACUCGCCGUUCAUCAACGGUAUCUUCAACCCCGAGUUCACUGACGUGAUCCACUCGAGAUCGGCCCAGUGGCGCCAGAACUUCUUUGCCGAUGCCAAGCCCACGAACUACAGCGUUGUCCGCCUUGAGCUUAUCGAAUCCAUUUUCGAGCGCAUGUAUGGCCAGAAGCUAGUCCUCGGCCCCGAUGAGACCCAGUGGCCCCACCGAAUUCGCAGCGGAUACAUCGUCAAAUCUGUCGAGCCCAAGAGCCAGAACCCCGACGACGGCCUCCAGAUUCGAAUUGCCCCGGUCCCGGAGUCCGCUGGAUCUGAGGAGGUCCUAGACGUUGACUUUGUCAUUUCUGCCACUGGUUACCAACGAAGCGCACACCUCAACUUGCUCAAGGACUCGUUCUCUCUCCUUCCCGCGGUGUCGGCAAAGACCGCCGUUGACGCGAACAGCAAGAGCCUUGAUGGCUGGCAAGUGUCUCCCCCUAGCAGCGACGGCGUGUCGCAGACUAGGAAACUCGAGGUCGGCAGGAAUUACGGAGUAAAGUUUGACAACGGCGCCGUUCAACCCGGGUCCGGGGUGUGGCUGCAGGGUUGCUGCGAGGGUACCCACGGUAACGAUUCGAUUUCGUUCAUUUUUGUCUACGACUAG